AUGAAUCACCCACCGCCACACCACCACCAUCAAGGCCCGCCAGGACUGCCUCCACAGGGCCGGUUUCCAGGACCAGGAGGACCACCACCACCCUUCAUCAAUGGCCCACCACCACCACAUCAACAACAUAUCCUCGGAGGACCCCCAGGAGUGCCGCCUGGCGCACACUUUGGUGCGCCACCUCCGCCACCACCAGGAGCGUUCAUCCCCCCAAACAUGCUGCCCCCAGGAUGGACUGAGCACAAGGCCCCUGACGGAAUGGCUUACUUUUACAAUGCUGCUAGUGGUCAGAGUUCCUGGGUCAGACCAACUUUGCAGCAGUUUCCUAUCCCUCCACCACCGGGCAACGGCAUCCCACCUCCACCAGGCAUGUCUGGUUAUCCAUCAUCACAACAACCUCUAUACCCCCCGGGAAUGGGACCUCCUCCAGGUUUAGAGCCAGUCGCUCAAGCGUCAAUUGAGGAAACAGGAAAGGGCAAGAAGGGCAAGAAGCCCAAGAAAGAAAAGGCCGUGAAAAAGACACGUAUUAUGGAGUCGCCAUGGUUCAUUGUGGAGACCAACCUGGAGAACACAUUCUUCUACAACAAGGAAACCAAGAUCUCGAUCUGGAUCCCCACACCGGAAUUGGAGAUCGUCCUUGCCAAGAUGGGUCAGGAGGCAACUGAAAAGAUUGAAGCCGAGAGGAGAGCCAGAGAUGCAGAGGAGCAGGAACGUCUCCAGGCAUUGAAGCGCCCCUUUGAGACUGAUGCUGCUGGACAAGUGGAUGGCGAUAAGCGCUCCAGGAAUGAAUCAGAACCUCAAGGAACAGAGAUGACGGAGGAUGAUGUGGCGUGGCAGUUGGCAGCAAUGGAGGAGAUCAUGGAAGACCAGGAUCAACACAUGGCCAGCCAGGAUGAGGAUGACGACGAUGAUGAUGACGACAUGCAGGAACGGCUCCAAAUGCUGCAAAAAUCCUCAACCUCAACCUCACGCGCAGCAGCUUACCUCGAGAUCUUGCCCGAAAACAUCCAGGAGCGAGAGAUGGCCUUCUUGGAUAUGAUGCGUGAGCGUGACGUUACGCCGUUCGAUACUGUUGAAAUGGCGUUUGGAAAGGUGGAAAAGGACCCAAGGUACCGUCUGAUCCCUGACGAGAAGGACAAGACGGUGCUCUUCGAUAGCUUCUGUGUCAUCCGUGCGCGUGAGAUCAAGGAGGCUAGGAAGAAGAAAGAGCAGCAGGAGGAAACGGAGGAGAAAGAGGAAAAGGAACAGGAUCGAAAGACAAAGGACAGACAUUCAACCUCUUCAUCGUCCCGCGACUCGAAAUCUCAUACGACAACAAAAUCUUCAUCAUCCUCAGCAUUGAAAACCUCCGACAAGCCCGAGGAUGUAUACAGGCGGCUGAUGGAAGACUACACGACAAAGACAUCGACAUGGCUGGAUUUCAUGACAAAGUACAGAGUUGAUCCUCGGUUCUUGGGCCUUAAACCGGGCUCGCUGAGAGAAUCUACCUUCCGUCAGUAUCUCUCGGACCUGAAGAAGGGAAUCAUCCAAUCACCAUCAAAAUCCUCUUCCUCCUCCGACAAGGACAAGCGAUCUUCGUCAUCAUCGUCUCACCCACGGUCCUCGUCGACAAAGUACAAGGCGACAGAUGCAGAGGUCGACGAGUUCAUGAGCCUGCUCAAGGACACCAAGAAGGAUAUACUGUACGAGCACAAAAACUCAUCGUCGGUCGAGUGGCGCAAGAUCAAGAAGCUAAUUGACCGCGACAGGCGCUACGAUGCUGUAGGUUCCUCCACCGAGCGCGAGCUGCUGUUUAGAAAGUACGCAGAUCGUGUCAUCCAACGGCGGGACUAG